AUGCAGUUCAGCAGCGUCACUUCGGCCGUCUUCCAAGGCCUCCUCAUGGCCGCCAGCCUUCCUUCCGUCAUGGCCCAGAGUGACGGCGGCGACUCCUCCUCCAUGGUCCAGCUUCCCGACCCGUCCGUGACCAAGCAGAUCCGCUUCCGGUCCACGGCGUCGGACUACGGCGCGACCGUCGACUUCAUCACCAACGCCACAUGGCCCGACGGGGACAACCUCCCCACCUUCGUGCUCGACAAGGUCGUGUACAACUACAACAACCUGGGCGGCCGCUUCGUCACGGGCUCUGGCCCUUUCAUCGGCACCACCGCCCUGUGGAUCGGCUUCAACCAGGACACGGCCGGCUCCGUCACGGGCGAGUCCACUGCUCUCGUCGCCCCACGCUGGACCUACCUUGCCAGCCCCGACGCCAAGAGCUUCACUGUCCGCAACUACCGCCAAGGCGCCGCCGAGAUCUACGACUGCGGCAACCUGUGCACCUACGACGAUAUUCCUGGCCUGGAGUCCAUUGACAGCGACAAGGCUGCCAAGACCCGUCGCGUCUUCAAGGCUUAA